AGACGAUGUUGUGGAAACGUCCGAGUGCCUCAGUGAUGAGGCGAUUGUCGCGCGUGUACGUGCUGCUGACAGCGGUGAGACCGACGACUCCGACGACGCGGUUGAGGAGCCUAUCCAGAGCUGCAACCUGCCAUGGGACCUCCUGUAUGCCGGGAGGAGGCCCCUGCCGUGGAGAGAGCAAUUGGUGCAGUCACAGGAGACGGCAAGGUACAUCUCUCGAACGAGGUGGCAAUUUCGAAAAGCUCCUAUGAUACGCUCAUGGCCCUCCAGAAGGACUCCCACUUCGUCAAGCGGGCAGCCGUAGCCAUAUGGUCCACCGAGGUGCUCGUUCAACGGAGCUUCACGGGAACGCUUUCCAAUCGAUGUAUCGCAGGGGGAGGGGACAGGGUCCCACAGAAGCCGCUGACACCGCACAAGGUGGAUGCACUCAAAAGCAUUAUGCCGAGGCAAAGGGCCUCUGCAAGGAGGAGAUUUCAGGAUCUAUGAAGAAUGUGCGGCUGUGGCUGUCGCAGAAGACAUGUGAACUGAGGAGGCAGAGGGGUGCAG